CGCGGUCCCGGCCUCUCUCCUCCCUCCCAGCUGGGGAAGGUGCCCCGCAGGCGCAGCUGAAGGCAGGUCGCCGGGUCGCGGCUUCGCAAGCCUUUAUUCCUCUCAGUCCAUCCACCCUUCAUGGGCCAGAGCCCUCUGCCAGUUCAGAACCCAGACAGUGAUGACGUUUGCCGAGGACAGAACUUAUCAGUAUAUCCGCAACAAUCACAGCAAUUUUUGCAAUAUUCAUGUUCUGGAUAUUCUGCCUCACCUGUCCUGCCUCACAACAAGUGACCAGGACCGACUUCGGGCCACCUAUGAGCGCAGGGGGAACCAGGGCACCCUCUGGGACCUCUUCGACAGUCUUCGGCGGAGGAAUGGCUGGGUGCAUACCUUCAUCAGGGCACUGAGGAUCUGUGAGCAUAAUGGUCUCGCUGAUGAAGUGGCCCGUGUCUACCAGAGCAACCUGCCACGGAAUCCAAACCACCCUCCAGCCCCGCUGGAGGCACCACCAGUUCCUGCUGAGAUUCCAAGGCCCUCCACACGUGCUGUGGCCCCCAGCAUCCCUGGCAAUGGCCACACAGAGUACGAGCCAAGUUACCCUCUGCCUGUCCAGGAUACCCAGCUACCAGAGUCCCUGGGAGAGAAUUCAGAGAAAGCCCCACAACCAUCCCAUUCUGGGGCUGUCCUGAAGAGGCUGGGUGGCCCCCUGGAGCCCUUGUCUGACACGGUGGCCCUCAGCACUCUGACCUCCAGUGUACAUCAGGAGCAAGACACAGAACUGGGCAGUACCCACACAGCAGGCGUGGUCUCCAGUUCCACGUCACUCCAUGGGCCUGUGUCUCCGACUGUCUCCUUCCAGCCCUUGGCCCGUUCUACGCCCAGGGCAAGCCGCUUGCCUGGACCCCCAGUGUCAGCUCCAUCUGUUGGCACCUCCUCCUCCUCCAUUGGCUUGACCUCUGCAGGAGGUGCUGGUGACCAGGCUGAAGGUACCAUCUGUUCCAGUGGGGCAGGGGUGCCCAACAACCCUAUGACUGCUAGCACAGUGCCCUCCAAGGUGCCCACCAAUUCAGCAUUUGGCAGCUCAGUGCCUUCCAAGUUGCCAAGCUUGAAGCCCCCUGGUGCAAUGCCCACCAGUCUAGCACCAUCCAGGUUGCCCAUCAACUCAGUGCGUUCUGGCAUGGUGCCACCCAAAGUGCCUACUAGUGGGAAACCUGACCACAGGAUGCCUGCAAGCACAGUGGCCAGUAAGGUGCCUGCCGACACAAGGCUCACCAUCAGGAGCAGCAAUAGACUCGUGAAGGAGACUCCAGCAUCACCAGUGCCCACAGGCACUGCCACUGGAGGCACAUCACUCUGGCCAGACAGCAGCUCUGACUGCUGUGGCUCAGAGCUGGAGCUGAGCAAGCCUGGAAGGCUGCUAUCUAGGAUGGACAGCCAGCCGUUCUCAGGCUGCUCCGCGGAUCUCGCCAUCAGCCACAGUAACUCCCUGGGCAUGGGGCCUGACAAUGCCCCCGAGGAGAACGAGUAUGUGUCUGAAGACACCAUUAGGAUCCAUGAGAACCCCAGCACCUCCCUCCUGGGGGACAGCCCCGGGACACACACUACCCCGAAAUUCCAGGCAGAGGAAGACGGGGAGGAAUUGCCUGUGGUCAGGACCUUGCCCUGGGCUCCGUGGCUCGGGGUGGCCAUGGCCGGGGCACUUCUAGUGCUCCUGGCUUCACUGUACCGGCGGCGCCUACCGCAGUGAAGCUCCUGGGUCCUUCUUGCCGUUCAUCUUCUCUCUUUCCCAUUGUACAUCUGCCUGAGUCACAGAGCCGAGCUGUCUCACCAUCCUUGACCCUUUUUUCAGGGCUGGCAGAAGCUGGGUCAGAAGGGAGGCAGGGGGCCACAGGCCUAGUCCUUGGGGGCAGUAUUUCUGUCCCAUCUCAUGCCCUUGGUGGCUCCCCCACCAUCCUUGGCUUACUGGGCCCUGGGCUGCUCCUGGUGCUCCAGUCCUCACCCAGCUGGCCAUCUGGUUGUUGCCCUUAACCCCUGGAGAAGGUGCUCCCAUCUAGGCCUUAUCCCUCUUUACCCAAGUGCAAGAAUCAGGAGGUGCCACUGGGGACCACAGUGGGUCGGAAACCUUCCCCAUCCUGCCUGGUCCCUGCAACCAAUAGAUGGGGUAGGGGACAUUGCUCUAGCCCCCAGUGGCCCAGUAGCCCCCUGCAGAGCAGCAGGGAGGCCCAUCUUUAAGGACUUAGUCCCCUGUCUCUCUGGUUCCCCUCCCUACCACACAAGGAUGGGAGGAGGUCCAGAGAUUCCCAUGGACCCCUGGGAAGCCUGAUGAGGUGCCAGACCUGAGGAGCACCUAAAGAGCCCCUCUCCAGCCUCCUCAUCCUAGUCUCUGUUCUCUUCAGCUCCCUAUGGGGGUUGGAGAGGGAGAACCUGCAGGACAGAGCUCAGGCCAAGGUUUGGAUUUCAGCUCCACCUCUUUGUGGGCUGUGUGGCCUUGGCAGAUAAUCAGACUUCUCUGGUCUUGCUUACCCAUGUGGACAAUGAGGAUUGUGUCUCAUCCUUCACUGAAUUCUCCUGAGAUUGGAGCAUACAGAUCUUUGUUAAGUGCCUGGUCCAAAGCAGGUGGCCGCUAAAUGCUCCUCUCACCUUUCCCUGCCUAGCCAGGUAGAGAUGAGGGCAUGAGAGGCAGAGUGCCCAGUGGGUAAGUAUGCACCGCUGCAGUGUAGGGUAAGUUAGGCCCUGUUCUGUUUCUUACUAACUCUGUGCUCUUGGGCAAGGUGUUAAUCUCUCUAUGCCUCAGUUUUCUCACCUGUAUAAUUUUAUGAAUAGUAAAAUUAUGUAGAUAUCCUAUACAUCUAUACAUGUCCUAGUAUUGUGAGGAUUAAAUGAGUUUAUCUGUAUAAACCUUAGAAUGGUU